UCGCAGCAAAUAAACAGAGAUUUAACCGUUCGGGCCUGCGAAAUGGCCAACCAAGUGUUCCCAGAACUAAAGGUGCACAUUAACGAUUUCACAAAACCCACGGAGCAGUUCCUUACCAAAAUUCUUAUACACUAUCUGCGCGCCUUUGGAUUUAGAGUGGAACCGCUUUUCAAUAUAGAGGCCGGAGCCAGCGAUACAUCGCGGGAGAAGCGGCUGUUCCUAAUAAAGCUAUGCCGCCAAAUCGAGAGCAUCCUGCAUAUUUCGUUUCCACAACGCACUUUCACUUACGUCGAUCUCAUCACGCCUUCGGCCAAGAAAAUAGGCAGCGUCCUGCACGCGCUAUUUAACUACUUGUGCUUUUAUAAAAUGUUUAAGAAGGCGGUCUUUGCAUCAAUCGAGGAGCCCAUCAAACAGCACGAGGGUCUGCUUACUGCCGUCGCCGCCAAGCGCCGUGAACUGGAUCAACGCAUUAAGGAUUCAGCGCAGGAGAAGGAUGACAUUGCAAUAUGUCAGGCGGCCAUCAUACAACUACAAGCCGAGCUGGAUCAGGCGCAUGUUGAGCUGCGUAGGCAAGAGAAGGCUGUCCAACAACAAAAUGCUGUAGUUUCCAAUAAUGAGGAGGAGCUUUCCAAACUUACCCAUGAAGUGCGCCAAGUGGAAAAGCUGGUGGUCAAGGAUACAGAAGUGCAGAGAAUCCAAGAGGAAAUUGAAAAGACGACCGUCUGUCUAGAGAACUACAAGGCAGGAUCUUUGAAGCAAUCUCAAAUACUCAAAGACCGAAAAGAAGAAAUGGAGAACAUUCAAAAAAUGCACUCAGAGAUUCUUGCAGCAUCAGAACUCCUGCCGCUGGCUUUGAUUGCCGACUAUAAGGACAGUUUGAAAGCGAUGGAGCGCCUUGAAAAACAAUAUGCCGCCAUGGAGGCAGAGAAUAAACAGCUUCAGAUCAAGAACGAUGCUGAAAAGCAGCAACUAGAUCAGCUAGAUGAGGAGCUAAAGUUGCGCAGACUGCAAAGCGACCAGGAUGCCAAAGCAGUGCUAGGCGGGCUUGAAAAACUAAAAAUUGAUUUACAAAGGAAAACUGCUGCAGCUGACAGCCUGGAGAAACAAUACCAAGAGUUGCAGGAGAAAAUUGAUGAACAGCAACGUUUAGCUCAAUUAAUGGACCAGACCCUUACUGAGCUAUUUGGAGAGAAUUAGAAUGUAAUUAGUUGCAAAUGUAGCAUUUUCAGUAAUUAUAAUAUAGUUUUAUUGAAUCUAAACAUUAAA